UGUAGGCGCGUUAAAAAGUUACGUGUGUAGUCGUCUUCUUUCUAAAACUAGUCUCUAAGUUGACCGCUAAUCGCAAUUAGCUAAUAACGACAAAGGAGAAAGCGAGGAAAAACGAGUCGUUUCUCCCUCUUCUCUCUUCCUCCCUUCUACGACAACGACGUCGUCGUCGUCGACGUCGACGACGACGACGAAGACGAAGACGAAGAUGACAACAACGAUUCGAUGGAAACAAAUACAAAAGGAGAACGGUUUUCGAAAGCUUUUUAUUACGCUCGUUCAUAAUCAUAAUUCUCCUGCCAAAUCGCGAAUGGCCCUAAGCUAAAGAUAGGCUCGUCAUAGACAUAGAAAGAAAGAGAGAGAGAGAGACAGAAUUGGUGCUAGUGCAUCGGUGCAAGGGGAAUCUACGACGACCUUGGCCUUACGAGUUUAUAUAACGAGGAAACGAGCGAUACGCGAGCUCAGUCGUGCCAAGUACUCUCUUUUCGACCUACGUUCUAGAUCUCGAUCUUUCGAGAUCAUUUUCUUUAUUAUUCUUCCCUUUUCCUGUGCGCGCGUGUGUUUUUGUAUAUAUUUAUAUUUCUUAUAUACGUAUACAUAGAUAUAUAUAUAUAUAUUUUUUUUUUUUGAGGGGUGAGGGAUCGGCAGGGAGUUCGUUCGUUUCCUUUCUUACCGACCGAUAUCUAAAUUUUGGAAGGGUGAAGAGAAAAAAAGAAAAAAAAAAAAGAAAUAAGAAACGAAAGAUUUGUUCGAUAAAUCUCGUCGUCGUCAUCGUCAUCGUUAUCGUUGUCGUCGAAAUGUCUGAAAAAAAAUCGUCCUAUGACGAUUUUAAAUUUCGAAGAAGGUUAGGAUGAAUUUUUAGGGAAAGGGGAUCUAUCAAUUUAUUUAUCUAUUUAUCUAUCUAUCUAUCUAUCUAUCUAUCUAUCUAUCUAUCUGUCUAUCUAUCUCUCUGUCUAUAUUAGUUCAGUGUAAGUUAACGAAGGAUUAAAGAAGAAGAGAGUUUUAAGGGAUUCAAGAUUAGCAGUGAACACGCUAAGACACACCCUCUAUCGAAAUAAAUCCUUCGAAUGAAAGGUGGACGAUCAUGACGACAACAACGAUGAUAAUAAUAUACAUAAUUGUUACAAUCCUAAAUCUGAUCGUUCAGAUUAAUUGUAAAUGCAGUUUAACACCUAUUGUCAACGGCGAACGAUCAAUUGCUUAUGCUUGUACUGACAGCGAAUUGAGCGACCUCGAUGAGAUCUCAAACGAGGCCGAAUGGAUUGAAUUUUCUGUAUCACGGAUACGCACGAUACCCGACGAUGCAUUUUCAAGAUUCCGCGAUUUAAAAAGAUUGUCGUUUUAUAAUUGUCACGUAGAUUCUAUAUCUCGUAAUGCCUUUCGCGGAUUACAAUCAUUGGAUUGGCUUAUAUUCCAUGGUACUAAACUUCAUGUAGCUAGGACUGCUUGGUUUCAACAUUUACCAAACUUGAGGAAACUUAUUUUGGAUAGAUGUGGAAUAGUGUACAUAGAAGCAGACGUCUUUCGAAUGCUAUCAAGAUUGGAAAUGUUAAGUUUGUACGACAACGAACUCGAUUGUAUUCCUAUUGAUGAGUUAACAUCCCUCAGAUCAUUGAGGAACAUACGUAUAGAUGGAAAUCCUUGGUUAUGCGAAUGCAGACGAAGAUUAGAAAGAUUCUUUCACGAACGUCGUAUUUUCGAAAAUGUUGGAAUUGAAGAAAAAAUUAUGCCUGUACAUAAAAGUUCGCGACAAUGUAUGGAAAAGAUUAAUAUUUUUGUUACUUCGAGACAUCCGAUCAAUUCAAAUAUAAAAAUCUUGGAAGAAGGAGAUCAGUUUCAAACCUCGACACUUCGUUCGUUAGAUCGUCUUCCAGAUAAAACAAGUUGGAUCGAAUUGUCCGGGCUAAAAUUGGAUAUAAUUCCGUCUUACGCGUUUUUCCGUUUUGGAAAUACCUUAAGAAGUUUGGAAUUUCGUAAUUGCAUUAUCAACAAAAUCGAACCAAACGCAUUUGCUGGAUUAUACAAAUUGGAACGUUUGUCGUUCGUUGAUAACAAUUUACCACGAAUAGAAACUAAUUGGUUCCGAGAUCUCGUUAAUUUGCAUAGAUUGAUCAUCGCAAAGAAUGACAUAGAACAUAUCCAUGAAUAUACCUUUUGGUAUUUGAGAAAUAAUCUUAAAUAUCUUGAUAUACGUGAUAAUCGUUUACGUUGUUUACCGAUCGAAGAGAUCGAAAGAUUAAUGAAAUUAGAGAGAUUGAAUGCUAUUGGUAAUCCAUGGAAUUGUAAUUGUCGUAAGAACUUGGAAAAAAUUCUCUUGAAAAUGAAGGUUGGAUUUGAGAUAAGCGUUGGUAGAUGUUACGAGGACGAAAAUCAAAUAUCAUCUAUUAUAGAAGAACGACAUAGAAAUCAGACGAACGUAAUAACGAGUUCAGUAACUGGAAACGUACAUUGGGCAUCGUUCGAAGAUAGUUUGAACGAGAACACGAAUGUUAGCGUGUUAAUACCAGUUACAACAACGAUGGCUACGACCCAAGAAAAAAUAACACAACAGCCAACAACCGAACUUGUACAUCCCAGCAACAUCAUUACCACAUUACAACCAACGAUACACAAAGGAACUUGUACUUUGGAUAAUAAUUCUCAACAAGAAUAUAUUUGCACUGGUCUGACCUCGAUCAAUCCAGUGAACUCAAUAGAUAUCAGAGCACAAACAAUUCGAAUUAUUCUGUCCGAUAUAUCGGUAAUACCACCAGAAUCUUUUCAACGUUUCAAUGGUUAUUUAAGAAGACUGGAAUUUCGCGAUUGCGGAAUCGACAAAAUCGCGGCCGGUGCUUUUGCUGGACUCUACAAUCUCGAGCAUCUAUCACUACAUAAUAACGCAUUGAAAUCAUUUACAAGCGAUUAUCUGGUAGGUCUCUCGUCGAACCUGAAAUAUUUAGAUCUUUCAAGGAAUCGUAUAUUAAGGAUCGACAACGACGUUUUUGAUCUUUUCCCGCAUCUCAUUAGUCUCGAUAUUUCCGAUAAUACGAUGAAUUGUAUCGGCGUCGAACAUAUGGAACAUCGAUUGACUUAUUUGAAAUCGUUCGAAGUAACUGGUAAUCCUUGGAGUUGUCUUUGUGGGAUCAAAUUGGCUGAAUUUUUGGAGAGACGAAAUUUGCCGUACGAUAAGAAUACAUUGAUCGAUAGAUCGGAGUGUUAUGGUACACGCGAACCAUCCUCAACUGUUUCGCCAUCGACGCCAUCUUUAACGACAAUGCCAACAUUGAUUAUAACGACUACAACGGAAGAAGAGAUACCUAGUACGAUAGAAGGUGUUUGUACUUAUCAUAGAAAGGAUAAUGACGAACUUAGAUACGUUUGUACUGGUGGAAAUAUAUUACUUUUUAACACGAUUCCAAACGAGGUAACAGCUAUCGAGUUUCACGAAGGACGUUUACCACGUUUACCAGCUGGUACAUUAUCAAGAUUCGUUAAUUUACGCGAAUUACUUAUUAGAAAUUCUGGUUUAAGAAUAAUCGAGCCUAAAUCAUUCGACGACCGGAACGAACUUAAGGUAUUGGCUAUACAGGACAAUCCCUUAACCACGGUCGAUGGUUCCUGGUUGAAUUUGAACAAACUCGAAAGACUCGAUUUACGUGGUAACUCUAUAAGAUAUAUCGCGCCGCAAUCCUUUCGUCAUCUUUCAAAAUUACAAUAUCUCAAUUUGGAAGGUAACGAUUUGAAAUGUAUAUUCACGAGUGAUCUCAACGAAAUGCCGGAGGUUUAUAUAAUCGAAUUUUCGGGUAAUCCGCUUAAGUGGAAAUGCAGAUUGGAAUUGGAGCAAUUUUUGGAAAUGCGUAAAAUUAAAUUCGUUAGGAUCGAGGAAUCAUGCGAAGGAAAGAAAUAUAUGAGGAAUGUACUUUGGCAAAAUAAAACGGACAUUUAUUACAACGACGAGUGUCAGGCGUGCUCGUCUGCUUCCAAAAUCAAAUUCUCAUUGAUGCUGCCAACGUUUGUCAUAUUUUUUACGAAAAUUUAUUAUCUAUAAACGAAUAUCGAACGAUCGCCAUUACGAAAAUAAAACACGAUCGAUCAUCCGAUUUGUAAGGUUAUGAACGUCUUACAAGAGGUUAGGGACGUUUCUUAAAAUUAUUUUAAUGCUUCCAUAUCGAAAUGUUCAAAGAAUUCUUAUGACUAUGCGAAGAAUCAGAUCUCAAAACUGAAUCUCGAAUAUUUGUUAGUCAAAAAAACAGGAAAGAGAAGAAAACAACCACGAUGUAUUCAUACCGAGUAUAUGAUUUAGAAAGUAGAAUACUUACCGACACUCGACAAUGUUACUAUAUAACACGCUUAAUAACGUUGUGAUGUUAAUGAUUAUUUAAUUAAUCGCUUAAUUUAUUUCGUUCGUUUGAAUUUUUAGAUAAUUGUUCAUUAAUUAACGGGACCACCGAAAAACUUAAACCACCUUUAGUAUAUGUAUAUGUAUAUAUAUACAUAUAUAUAUUAUUUACUUUGCGUGCAGGAAAUCAAUUGAAAGCGUAGUAUAUAAUAUAUUUAUUUACUUAUUAUUAAUCUUUCAUUAAUUUUUUUUCUUUACUUUAAUAUAGAUAUAUAUGUAUAUAAUUUAAAUAUAUAUAUAUAUUUAUUUAAAUUAUUUAUAAUCAAAAAUGAGAUCUGCACAUAUAUAGAAAAAAAGCUGUGAAAAAACUGCCUGUUAUAUUGGCUUAUAUACAAGGCCCGAAGGUUUAAUCUAAUUUUAUAUAAAUCGUAGUUAAUUAUUUUUUUUUUUGUCUUUUCUUUUAUUUUCUUUCCAUCGAUACAUGCAUCCGAUAUACCUCUAUUUUUUUACGCCAUUAAUAAUAAUUUCCACACUCUAAAUUUAAUUACAUAUACAUAUGUAUAAAGAUAUAACGUUUUUGUGUAUUAUACGAUUAAUAUUAGUCUAAAAACAAAGUAGAUAUUAAAAAUGGUAGGCUAGUUAAUCACACCGCUAAAUACUCAUACGCAAUUUAUUUUCUAUCUAAAUAAAUAAUUUAACGUCAAUAAUUCUCUUAUAAAU